AUGGGUGUCAAAGCUGCGUUUAUUGGAGCCAGUGGCGCAACACUUAGCCAUGUUCUCACAUGGACAUUGCUCGCCGGCUACAACGCGGCAGCUCUGGUCAGAGAUGCUUCCAAGCUCAGGAAGAUCUUGACAGAGAACAAUGUCUCGGAAGAGAUCCUGGUAUCCCAUCUGGCCAUAGUUGAGGGUUCUUCCCGCGAUAUAACUGCGGUCAGCAACCUUCUUCGACAUGAGCCAGAUAUCAUCUUCACUGGCAUCACGAGUCUGCCAAGCUUCCACUGGAACCCUCUUCGCCCAAUCUCAAUGCAGGACGCUACUAUUACCGGAGACUCGGCCGCGGCCGUCGUGGAGUCGCUUAGAGAGCUUAAAGCGAGCAAGGCCAUUUCGAAGUCACCAGUUUUCGUACCAAUAUCGUCUACGGGCCAUGGUACGCAGCGAGACCAGCCGUUGCUUCUGAUUCCACUCUAUCUGUGGCUUCUACCAGUUGCGCAGGCCGACACAGGAGUACUUGAGCGAGUGGUACGGGAAGCAGCAACAGAAGACAACUCACCGUUUGGUGGGUAUGUGAUGUUGCGACCACCCUUAUUGACACACGGUCGCAUGAAAGGGACAGCGUCACUGCGAGUGGGCUGGGUUUGGGAAGACGAUACGUAUAGGAAUUUAGAUGAAGUGGAGCAGGGCAUAGAGGUUGGAUAUACUAUUAGUCGAGGAGAUUUAGCUAGAUGGAUAUUUGAGCAGCUCGUGCAGGAUGAUAUAAAGAAGUGGGAGGGAAAGUGUGUAAAUAUUACUUACUAG